AUGCGCACACUCCUUUACGCCGUCGCCCUCGCGGCCGGCUCGGCCAUCGCAUCCCCCCUCCCUGACACACCUGCCGAGGACAACAUCGGAGGCUCGGCUUCCGGCUCGCUUGGAUCACAUCCCGUCGCCCAGGUCACCAAGGCUUCGCAAGCAGCGAUGGUCCAGGAGUCCAGUCCGCCGCACCUCUGGGUCACCAGCGCCAGGGCCCAGAAGAGCCUCGAGAUCUACGACAACUUCAUCAUGAACCAGCCUCGCGUCAACGUCUCGCUGUACGCCAUGUCACGCUGCCCGGAUGCCAAUGUUUUCGAGGAGGUGCUCAAGAAGGAAGGCAUCGCCGACAAGGUCGACCUCAGCAUCGACUACAUCGGCAGGGUUGACAAGCACGCGACGUACGGGGUUGACUGCAUGCACGGCGACAUUGAGUGUGCGGGCAAUGCUCACCAGCUCUGUCUGCAAGCAAACCUCGACCUGAAGGAGUGGUUUGGCGUCGUCACCUGUAUGAACUAUGGAAAGUUCCCCGGUACUGUCGGGACAAUUUCCACGACACGGAAGUGUGUCGAGACGAAUGGGGUGGACUACUGGCGUUCUGGCGUCGGUCCUUGCAUCGAGGGACAGAAGCGCGACCGGCAGUCGCGUCACGCGCAGAAUGUCGCGCGGGCGCUCCGCGAAGGCGGUGAGGUUCUUCCGCAAGCGCCGAUGCUCGAUGAGGACGGCGAGCCAGAGAACAUGCAGCCCGAGCCCCUUAGCAAGGAGGCUCGGCAGCGUCUGCGCGAGAGCGUGCAGAAGACGAAGAAAGACGGUGUCGCCAAGAGCUGCACAAUCCGUAUCGACUCCACUAUUCGCCGGGGCGGCGUUCGCCAGUGCGUCGUCGACGGUGGCGUGUGGAAGGGCUGUGAUGACGGACACUCGCCGAGCGACUUUGUCCGCGUCAUCGAGGAGGAGUUCAAGAACCUCGUCGACCAGAUGAUUGACGAGAAGGAGGCUUGGCACAUGUACCCGUGA